CAAAGGCGUCGCAGAGUUGUUCGCGCUUUACAUCGCUCGGCGCUGUGAGAGCGGAACGUUGCGGAAUACACCUUUGGUUAAAAUGGUGUGCGCUUAUGUAGAAAAAAAAUAAACAAAACAGCCGUUUUAUUCCACGACACCAUACUUUUUAAUGUUGUUGUUUUUUAAUUCCUUUCGACUGUGAACUAAAACCCAUUCACUCUGGAGAUGGUGGCGAAGGACUAGUGUCGCCCAUCGUCCCGGCAUCAGAAGAGAAAGCGCGUUUUUCAUUUUUUCACGCAUGUGACAGCGUGUCAGUGACCGGGGCAAGUGGAGACCUGACUCAAGGAAGAAGUUCACCCUCACCGCGGAGAGACUCGCUUCCGCGCACCGAUGGACACUGCGCGCUGCCAUUUGGAAUAGCUUCUUUCCCAUCACUUUUUGUUGGUGUCACAGACUUGAUCAUGUUGCCCUGCGUCAUUUUCAUCAGCUUAUUUUUAUGGGCGGCCCACUCUCAAGAAUCCCAUCUCUUAAAGCCGUCAACCUUCAUUAGCGAGUCCUGUGACUCCUUGUGCUCUUGCGAAGCAAAGGACGGUAUCUUCUAUAUUAACUGCGAGCAGAGAAAUAUCAGUACAAUCUCCCAAAUAAAAGUUCUGUCCAACGUGCCCUUCCAUCUGAACCUUUACAAAAACGACUUGGUUGAGCUCCGUGCGGAAGAAAUGGAAGUGCUCAAGAAUGCCCUCUCUCUACACGUCGGCGGUAAUAGCAUUCAAGAGUUGGAGCCAGGAGUCUUUAGUGCCCUCGGUUCACUGAAAAAACUCCACAUCAACAGGAAUUUCCUCGUCACACUCAAGGAGGACACUUUUCAAGGCCUGGUGAAUUUGGAGUUUCUCCAAGCGGACACCAAUUUCAUUCGGGUCAUUGAACCGGGGGCCUUCAACAAACUGAUCCGCCUCAAGGUCCUCAUCCUCAAUGACAAUUCCAUCGAGUUUUUACCAAACAACAUUUUUCGUUUCGUGCCUCUCACCCACCUGGACCUACGAGGCAAUAAACUGCACACGCUGCCUUACGUUGGCUUUUUAGAACACAUCGGCCGGAUUAUGGAACUACUCUUGGAAGACAAUGACUGGGUGUGUGACUGUGACAUUUUGCAUUUAAAAAUCUGGAUGGAGAAUAUGAGGGGCCAGUCUGCCAUCGGGGAGGUGGUUUGCAGUGCGCCGCGCAACUUCAAGGGGACCAUCUUGGCUAAAGUCAAGCGAGAAAUUCUCUGUCCAUCCCACGCAGAUAUCAAUUUAGAAGAGCCCUCCAAGUCACUGGACAUGGUUGUGACGCCAUCAUCCAAAGGGGCACAGAUUCCCAAAAUGAGCGAUGCCAAAGACGACGCCAAGCAACCAACGCCAUCUCACAUUCCGAGUAGUCCUUGCGUAGAGCAUUGUUCGUGUCACAGUUAUCCGGUGGCAGGGUUUUUGAUGCACUGUCAAGACAGAGGAAUUCAAAAGGUGUCCGAUAUCGGAGUACCUCCUCAAAGUCCGACUAAAUUGGUCAUGACAGGAAAUAUGAUUCAGAAACUCUACAGGUAUGAUUUUGUUACACAUGAUGGCCUGGAAUUGCUCAAUUUGGCAAACAAUAGAAUUGAUUAUAUUGACAAUGAGACUUUCCUUAGCUUAAGCAGUUUGAAGAAACUGCAUCUUAAUGGCAACCGGAUCGAAAAACUGCACUCCACCAUGUUUGUGGGUCUCCACAACCUCGAAUACUUGUACCUGGAAUAUAACCUCAUCAAGGACAUUGCUCCAGGCACCUUUAAUCCCCUGCCAAAUCUUAAUCUGUUGUCAUUAAACAACAACCUGCUCAGCUCUCUUCCCGCACAGAUAUUUCGCAAUGCACCCCUCGCAAAAUUGAAUCUGAGGAAAAAUCUGUUUAUGCACCUGCCAGUGAGCAACGUACUUGACCAACUCGACUCAUUAGAGCAAAUCUAUUUAGAGGACAACCCUUGGGACUGCAGCUGUGACUUGUUUGGCCUGAAACAGUGGGUAGAAAAACUGAGAAAGGACACAGUAGUGGGCUCCAUUUUGUGCCACACCCCAAAGAAAGUGAUGCAGGCCGAUCUUAGAAGCCUCCGCCACGAAAUGCUGUGCACCGGUUUGGGCACCCACUCUUUGGUUCCAGAUGGCGAGGAAAGCGUGACCGCCACGCUGGGCCCCGAUGGCACCGGUAGAGGCUUGCUCAACUCCCUCACAGACACCGUCCCACUCUCCGUGCUCAUUCUUUGCCUUCUUGUUUUAGUCCUCAUGAUUAUAUUCUGCUCGGCCGGGCUGGUCGUGUUUGUGGUGCACCGGCGGCGCCGCAGAGCGAAAAGAAAAGCAGCGGGAGAUCACCCAAGAGAUAACAGCAGCAGCAGCCCCAUUCACUUACAUUAUAGCAUGUACGGGCAGAAAACAACACACCACACACUGACACAAAGACCCGGGUCUUCCACACUGUACGAGGAGAGGUCGCACAGUCCCAUUGUGCAGAUAUGUCGCAACCCCACCUACUGCUCUCAGCACAAAGAUCACGAUACCGAUCUGGAUUAUGGCCUCGACCAAUCCAGCUCCAAGAAUCACGCCUGCCGGAGUAUCAUGGAGAAAGAGAACACCUCCCCACUUACAGGAAACCCGAUCUCCAAGUUCAAGCCAAAGGCAGGGGAAUGCCCGGCUGAGUUUGUUUCGCUCGGAGACCCCAACUCCUUGUAUAGGAAUAUCCUGGAGCGGGAGAAAGAGUUGCAGCAGCUCGGAAUAACGGAGUACCUUCGAAAAAACAUGGCUCAUCUUCAUCCUGCUGUAGAGAGGCAGGGCCCAGGGCACCAGGAGGAGUUAAAGUUAAUGGAGGCAAUUAUGUACUCCCGGCCACGCAAGGUCAUGCUCGAGCAAACUAAGAAUGAGUACUUUGAACUCAAGGCCAAUUUACAUACAGAGCCAGACUACUUGGAGAUCGUCGAGCAUCAACCGGCAUAUAACUGAGCUCCGUCACAAAUUCAAACCCAGUGUGACGUUUUGAAGCAAGUGCCUUUCCCUCUUUGCCCUCCUCCACUUACCACAGUGUGAAAUAUCUGUAACGGGCACGUCACUUUAUGUCAAACUGUAGCACAGAAUGUAACUGCGCAGAUAUUUUAUCGAUUGACAGCCAUGUGAUGUAGCCAGCCAGGGGAAGGUGGACUUUUUUUCUCUCGCCAAAUGUAACAUAAACGGGCGCUUGUUUUUUGACCCAUUCGAUAUGCCCGGCUUCCAGAUGAAUUGAUCGGAAGGGACUCUGCCCUCAACCCCCCUGCCCCACCCCCACACACACAUACAGUACAUUCGGUCAGGAUAAAGCAGAUGUUCGAAAACAGUGAAUUUGAAUCACCACUUGACCUAGAAUUGCUGUUUAAUCAGUCUAUCCUCACUCCGGGUCUGACCUGAUUCCACCCUCUGUCAACAUAAGCCAGCUGGAUUGCUUGAACCAGAAUGCUCAUUGUGCUGCGGGCUGCAGGGGAGGCGGGGGUAUAUUGGGUGGAGGGGGUUUCGGGUCGGCAAUAGAACUAACUGUACAUCCGAAACACUGAAGCCUGGGUGUUGGGUUUUGUUUUUUCUUGUCACCUCUCCUGUCCUAUACACUGACCACGUAUCACGGAAUAAUUAUUUAUUUUUAUACAGAUGUGUGAUAGGUCACAUAGGCAAGGCUUUCUUUGUCUAAAUGAACUAUGUAUCGAACGCUUAGAAGUAGAGUCCGUUAUACAGUGCCACUGUCUUGCAAAAUGCAUUGCACAAAUCAGAUGCCACAAGAAAGUGCAUGACAAUCAACUGAGUCCUGCUGAAUUGUUUUUCUUCCUGCGUCAAAUACAUGUAUACAAUCAGCCCCAAUUUGGCUGACCUGAACAUGUGUUGCAAACUGGACUGGUUUGAGAGAUUGCAAAAGAAUGCAUUUCCAUUUUGUGACUCUCUUCCGUGACGCUCAGCAAGACUGUCUGCAACUUAUUUUAUAAACCUGGACAUUAUUCAGGAUUCCAUUUAAGCACAUACGCUGUUGCUGUUUUGUUUUUUUUUUCCCAACCGAACUUGAUUGAAUUAUUUAUUCUGUACAUCUUGUAAAUAGUCAUGUCGCAUUCUAUAUUUUGGUUUUGUGUGCCUUCAGUGCUGUACAGACCAUUAAAUGAAGUUGUAACUAAUGAACAGAGAAAAUAAAGAAUACAACAU